GGGACAGUCGUUUCAAUGGCCCAGGCUGGGGUCCAGCUCUCUGUGAUCACGUGGGUGCAGACCAGCUUGCACCUGAGCCUUGAGCAUCAUCUGAGGUGCGGCCUCAUCUGUGACCUGGGCACAGUAGAGAGGACACCCAAAUGCCAGGGCACCUGUCUAAAGGUGAGGUGCCCGGCGUGGACACUCAAGACCCAGAGCACCCAUCCUGGAAGUGAGGACCAAUCCACCAUGCCUGAAGUCAAAGACCUUUCAGAAGCUUUGCCAGAGACAUCGAUGGAUCCCAUCACAGGAGUGGGGGUGGUGGCUUCUCGGAACCGAGCCCCAACAGGCUAUGAUGUAGUCGCACAGACAGCAGAUGGUGUGGAUGCUGACCUCUGGAAAGACGGCUUAUUUAAAUCCAAGGUUACCAGAUACCUGUGUUUCACGAGAUCAUUUUCCAAAGAAAAUAGUCAUUUAGGGAACGUGUUAGUGGAUAUGAAGCUCAUUGACAUCAAGGACACUCUGCCUGUAGGCUUCAUCCCAAUUCAGGAGACGAUGGACACACAGGAAUUGGCUUUUAGAAAAAAGAGGCUGUGCAUUAAAUUUAUCCCACGGGAUUCAACUGAAGCCGCAAUCUGUGACAUUCGGAUCAUGGGCCGGACCAAGCAGGCCCCUCCUCAGUACACAUUUAUCGGGGAACUGAACAGCAUGGGGAUCUGGUACCGAAUGGGCAAAGUACCGAGGAACCAUGACUCAUCUCAACCCACAACGCCUUCCCAGUCAUCAGCUGCUUCCACCCCGGCCCCCAACCUCCCCAGGCACAUCUCACUAACGCUUCCUGCUACCUUCCGAGGCAGGAACAGCACUCGGGCUGACUAUGAGUACCAGCACUCCAAUCUGUAUGCCAUAUCAGCAAUGGACGGUGUGCCUUUCAUGAUCUCAGAGAAGUUUUCCUGCGUUCCAGAAAGUAUGCAGCCCUUUGAUCUCUUGGGAAUCACCAUCAAAUCUCUGGCAGAAAUUGAAAAGGAGUAUGAAUACAGCUUCCGCACGGAGCAGAGCGCGGCUGCCCGGCUCCCACCCAGCCCCACCCGGUGUCAGCAGAUCCCCCAGUCCUGAGGGGCCGGCCACCACCCUGUCCCCGUGGGGAGAAGACGCAGCUGCCCAGACUACUGAGCGCCCCUCCCUCGCCCAGGCCUUCCUGCCCACCCUUCCCUACCGGCCCACCGUGGGGCUCACCCGGGAGACUCUGGGCAGCUGGGCUCUGACCUCCUUGGCCCUCGGCUUGCCUAACGGGACACCCCCGCCUCCCUGGGGACACUGUUCAUAAUCGCCACUAAUCUGUGUUUGCUGUAGUGACCAACAGCUCUUAACGUGUCUGUGUGACGACCGGCCCUCCUACAAAUGACCCUACCCACCCCGGGAGUCACCCCGAGGGCCCCGCACGUGUGCUGGAGCUGCCCAGUGACACCGCCGGCUCCCUUUCCUCCUGACUGUUGCCUGCCACAGAGCUAUCCACAUCCUUCUGGAAGGCCCAGAGGUGGGUGGCAACUGAGGCCUACCCGAGGGCCCCAGACUCGGGGCUGCUGUGGAACAAGUCCCUCACGCCAGCGGCAGCGAGCGCCCUGAGCAUCUCACGGCGACGCGGACGACACGGGGGAGGAGGAAUCGUGUGGUCCCCGAGUGACCCCGAGCCCAGGUUCCUGCCCACUGGCAGCCACACCUCAGACUCCACCCCCAAGCCACACACUGGACACACCACGGUCGGGGAGAGGACGCCCAGUGGCCCGCACUGAGGACUUGCCUUCGGGGUGAGAGGGCGGAGGGCCCUGGUGCUUGCUCGGAGCGCGGUCGCUGCCCAGGACACUGUGCUCCCCCGCCACACGCCCCCAUUCCUCCCAAAGGGCUCAUCUCUGCCACGCCCAUGUGCCAACUGCCACGCCAGCUGCCUCGGCCCCAUGCCCUGCCCCAGGGACAGGCCCGCCGCAAGUGAGGAGACGCUUAGCCAGCGGCCUGCCCCAGAGGCACACGGGGACACUGUCAGCCUGGUCCUCAGAGCCAGGAGGCAUCACGACACGCUCCACAAACAGCAACGUUUGUUUUAGAAAGUCCGUCUGAGCCAGGCCACCAAGCUGGGACCAGUGUAGACCCGUCUACCACAACUGGCUAGCAGACGCACAGGCUCUUCUCACCACGCCGGCCGCCGAGCUCAGCUCCACGUGUGUUUGCCAUGAGAACGGGGCUGCCUCCGUCCCUGGGGGGCUCAGGCCCUCCCCCCGGUGGCCUGCCUGGUCUAGCUCUCGGGAUUUGUCCUGAAUCAAUUCCACAGAAUGUUGGUAUCUCCCCUGGGGGGGGGGGGC